AUGUGCCUCUUAUCUCUGCUCUCUCCUCGAUGUGUGCCUGCAGUGGGGGAUUCGGCGAAGGAAGCUCGUAACAUGGCGGACACCGAGGAAGGCUUCGGGCUCCCGAGCACGCCGGCUGACUCGGAGGCCAAGGAGCUGCAGGCUGAGGCCAAGCAGGACCCCCAGCUGGGGACCACCAGCAAGGCCCCCACCUCUCCGCAGGCAGCCUUCACACAGCAGGGCAUGGAGGGGAUCAAAGUGUUUUUGCACGAGCGGGAGCUGUGGCUGAAAUUUCACGAGGUGGGGACGGAGAUGAUCAUAACAAAGGCUGGAAGGCGUAUGUUUCCCAGUUACAAAGUGAAGGUCACUGGACUCAAUCCAAAAACGAAGUACAUACUGUUGAUGGAUAUUGUACCAGCGGAUGACCACAGAUACAAAUUUGCAGAUAAUAAAUGGUCCGUGACCGGGAAGGCAGAGCCGGCCAUGCCCGGCCGCCUCUACGUGCACCCCGACUCCCCCGCUACCGGAGCCCAUUGGAUGAGGCAGUUGGUUUCCUUCCAGAAGCUGAAGCUCACCAACAACCACCUCGAUCCCUUCGGACAUAUCAUCCUGAACUCCAUGCACAAAUACCAGCCCCGGCUCCACAUCGUGAAGGCAGAUGAGAACAACGGCUUCGGCUCCAAGAACACAGCCUUCUGCACCCAUGUCUUCCCAGAGACCGCCUUCAUUGCUGUUACAUCCUACCAAAACCACAAGAUCACUCAGCUGAAGAUUGAGAACAACCCCUUCGCAAAAGGUUUCCGCGGCAGCGAUGACAUGGAGCUCCACAGGAUGUCCAGGAUGCAGAG